CAAGGGGGACGGAACCGACCUGGCAUAAAAUUGCUUUGUGUAGGACUUUAAAAAAAAGCAUUGUUGGUCGCCCUCGAUUCCCUUGUCUUUCUUUUUUUUUUUCUUCGAGUCUCCCUUCCUCCCCGAUACUUUCUCAUUCUCUCCGAUCCAUUGGCGUCAGGUACGAACAGAGGAGGGGGGCCAUUGACUAUGGCAGACAGGGUUCCUUCUUCACCUACCCGAAAAUCGGUCGCCUCGAACGCUAGCAUAGCAUCGUCACCACCCAGGGCGCCGUCAAGUCGGGCCAAGGAGCGAAGAAACCCGUCGAUCACGCCUAGGAAGUUUCAGCGGUUCUUCACUCCACGAUCCCGAGUCUCCUCCAAGCCGAGUGCUGCCCGGAAGGCCCUCUGUGAUCUCACGGCACCGGCCCUUAAUCGGUGCCAGACGCCGUCGAGCCCCCUCAAACCCAUCUCGGAGGAGAGCCUACCCCAUUCCGAGGAUGCCCACAGGGGAAAGCGGCGCAAGUUCAACCAUUCGACGCCAGAGAAGCAGGCCGGCGCGUACCUGCCCUCUCCGCUGAACUCGUCGCCUCUUCUCCCUACCGCCGACUCGAAGCCGGGGCUGAGGAGCCCCAUCCAGUCGCUGAAAUCCCGGCACGUCUUGCGGGAUGGUGUGCUGCGAGAUGAUGACGUCUCGGAGGACGAGGAAGAGGAGCAGGAGGUUGUGGCUGCACCUGCUAAGGGGCCCGUGCAGUUGUACCGGAGAGGAUUGGGCGCUCAACUUGUUCAGAGGAUGACGGGCUCCAUGCGCUAUGCAAGUGAGCGGCUGCUGGAGUGUCCUGUUGGAGACUGGAGGACCGAGACGGCCGACUUCCAGAGCCGGCCCGAGGAUGUUCACUUCUCGUCUAGUCAUGAAGGGGCGGCCCGUGCCAUCCCAUUCUGUACCACGGCGUGUCAUAAAAACAGUUUGGUAGCGGUCGGGGACGAGGAAGGUUUUAUACGCCUGCUGGACUCGGAAAAGGACUUUUCCAAGAUUCAUCUGUCAUUCCGAGCUCAUGGAAAUGCCAUCAUCGAUCUGGCCUUCUCCGAGGACGACCACCUGCUGGCCACGGCAUCAGGAGACCAGACAAGCAGGGUCAUUGACAUGAUGACACAGCGGCCGGUCUCCAUCCUCGGCCACCAUACGGCAUCCCUGAAGCAAGUACGUUUCCAGCCCGGUCGCGGCGCCAGCUGCGUUCUCGCGACCUCCGGCCGUGACGGCAGCAUACAGAUCUACGACUUGCGGUGCCGCGGCGGGCCGGUGCAGGACUUUAGUAUCGUUUCCGAGGCCGGGCUGCAUCACUCUAUUCCCAAGGCAGUCAACCCAGGCUGUGUAGUUAACAGCAUCUACGACGCACAUGCCCGGACGACGCGGCAAGGCAAAAGCCAGCAGCAGCCCGCUUCCAACCUCGGCGACGUGGCCCGCCUGGGCGAAGUCCCGGGCCGUGCCGGUGAAGUCUCCGUCACUGCACUCCAGUUCCUCCCUCCCGGCCGGGAACACCUCCUCCUUAGUGCCUGUGAAGCAGACGCGAGCAUCAAGCUCUGGGACAUCCGUGCAGUCCACACCAGCCGACACCACAAAGCCAGCACGCCCAUCUCCCUCACCUCCCCGCCCCCGGGUCACGUCGCCUUCCGCCCCUUCGGCAUCUGCUCCAUGGUCCUCGGCGGCGACGGCGCGCGCCUGUACGCCCUCUGCAAAGACAACACCGUCUACGCCUACAGCACCGCGCACCUCGUGCUCGGCCACGCAACCGAGCUGACCCCGGCCCGCCCGGGCACCGAGCCCCCGCGCCGGCGCCACCAUCCACACGGCGCGGCCCACGAAGGCCUCGGCCCGCUCUACGGCUUCCGCCACCCCCUGUUCCACGCCACGAGCUUCUACGUCAAAGCCGCGAUCCGACCCGCCGCGGCCGACGGCCGCUCCGAGCUCCUGGCCGUCGGCAGCUCCGACGGCGCGGCCGUCCUCUUCCCCACCGACGAGCGCUACUUGCGCGACGCCUGGUCGUUGCCCGACGCGGACCGGGACGAAGAAACCUACUACGUCGGCAGCCCGACCGACGAGGCGCCCGUCGCCCGACCCCGGCCGGGGCUGAGAUCCGCCUCCUCCGCCGCACCCGCCUCGCUGGCGCGCGCCAACAGCAUGAGCCACAUGUUCUCGUCCUGCAGGCAGGGCGGCGGCGGCGGCGUCACGCCCGUGGUGCGCAGGGGCACGCCGCUCGUGAGGGGCCACGGGAAGGAGGUCGGGGCGGUGGCGUGGACGAGCGGGGGUCGGCUGGUGACGGUGGGCGACGACUUCCUCGUGCGCUGCUGGAGCGAGGACAGGGAGAAGGCCGCGGACCUGCGGCUGGGCGGCGAGACGGGAGGGCGCAGGUGGGGGUGCGGAUGGGCGGACGUCGGGGACCAGUGGGCGGGGGAUGCGGACGACUGGUGACGGACGGACGGACGGACGGACGGACGGACGGACGGACUCACGCACGCACGCACGCACGCACACACGCAUGCAGGGGACCGCCGCCAAGUUGCCGUUUGCGUCGGACGACUCAAGCACGGAGCCCGUCGUCGUUGCGGUUAUCGGUUCGUGAGAUGGUUUUGUUGACUCCCGUAUUUUCGUAU